UCUAGUCCAAGGCUGAUCAAAGUAGGCGGGCAGUGCAGAGCAGUCACUCUUAGAGCUGGGAUGUACACAAAUAAAGGGGACGGGAAGGAGCAGCCACAGGUGUAGGUGGGAGCUGAGAACACGUGUAUAUGAGAGCCCAGCACGUAGGCAGAGUGUUCGUGUGACUGCCUAGAGGGCUGUGGACCACAGCAGUGAACGGGUGUGAGGGCAACUUUGCUUGAAUCAGGCCUGCUGGUGCUUCACGAGGACUUUGCUAAGAAAACCUCCAGCCCUGCAGAACUUAUGUCCUUUUCAAAGACGGCUUGUGCAGUGGUUGUCACAAUGUCAUUGGUAUUGUGACAGCUUUCUAAAACCCCGCGCCUACAAAGAAAUUCACAGGAGCCUGAUGCACCACAUCCUGCCUUCUUUGUGAUCCUGUGAUGCUGAACUUCCUCUGUCUCUGCAGGUCCUUUGCAACCAUGGUGAAGUCUAAAAGAGUGCAUGUGCUCCUGAUCCUGGUAGUUCUGUCCUUCCUCCUGCUCUACUUCCUGCCCUGCAGCAACAACGCCCCCAUGGAAGAAAAACCUUCUCCAGUCCACAUCCUCAUUCUCUCCACCUGGCGAUCAGGAUCUUCCUUCACUGGGCAAAUCUUCAGCCAGCACCCCAGUGUUUUCUACCUGAUGGAGCCCGCAUGGCAUGUCUGGGUUAAGAUGUCCCAGAACAGUGCCAAAGUCUUACACAUGGCAGUGCGGGACUUAGUUAGGUCGGUCUUUCUGUGUGACAUGUCUGUCUUUGAUGCUUACAUGUCUAGCCAGAAGGAAAAGUCUGAUUUAUUUCAAUGGGAGACAAGCCGAGCCUUGUGCUCCCCACCUGCCUGCGACUUGUUCAGUCGCACUGACAUAAUCACUGCAGGCAAUUGCAAAAAGAUCUGUAGCAAGUACCCAUUCAGCAAGGUGGAGGAAGCUUGUAAAACCUACAGCCAUGUUGCCGUCAAGGAGGUUCGAUUCUUUGACCUGAAAGUCCUUUACCCCCUUCUCACUGAUCCAUCCCUGAACAUCAAAAUUAUUCACCUGGUCCGCGAUCCCCGGGCUGUGUUCAGGUCCCGCGAGAAGACAGCGGCAGACCUGAAACGUGACAGUAACAUUAUUGCGGGGUCUCAGAGGACAAAGGGUGAAAUGGGGCCCUACAACACAAUGCAAGUAAUUUGCAGAAGUCAUGUGGAGAUUUAUAAGGCAGGAAUUCAGGCCACUCCCAGCUUCCUGAAAGACAGAUACUUGCUGGUUCGCUAUGAAGACAUUGUCAGAGACCCUCUGGCAAGGGCUGCUCAGAUGUACAGGUUUGCAGAACUACAUUUCACACCAGAACUUCAGAAGUGGGUGCACAACAUCACUCAUGGGAAGGGUCUCGGAGCACACGCCUUUGGAAUUGGGUCCAGAGAUGCACAGAGAGUAUCUCAGGCCUGGAGGGAGACACUUCCCUUCCAGAAAAUAGAAAAAGUGCAAGAAGUGUGCAAGGAUGCAAUGGACUUGCUGGGCUAUCGGCUCGUUCAAUCUGAAGAAGAGCAAAAAAAUAUUUCACUGGAUCUUUUGUUUGCCCAGAACUCCUCUGAGUAUCAAACUCCGAAGGCAGAACAGCUGGUGUCUGUACCUACUCUCUGAAGGCUGCAGAGGGCAGAACUGUCCUCUAGAACAAAAGAGGACAGAGGUGCAGGCAUAGAAGUGUAAGAGCAUGUGCAUGGAUAUGCAUGGUUGCAAGGACAGGUAACACAGGAAUCCUGACUGCAUUCACAAGAGCUCUCAGCAGCACAGGGUCGCUCUCUAAGGCCCCUGGAGACUCAGCCACAAUGGAGGCUGAAGUAAUGCAAGUUUGUUCUUCAAAUUAAGUAUGUUUAGAUUGGAGCAUACAAACUAGCAAAGCAGUGGGACCAGAUAGCAGAACUCGACCCCCCCACGUGGAAGUAAUUGCACUGCAAAGGAAGAGGAAAUAUAAAAGGAAGCUGAAUAGAGAGAACAUUAUUUGUCAUGCUGCUACACGGGACAUGUAAUGCCAGAAGAGAUGCAAGGAUGACCAACAUUUGGUUUCUGGAAAGAUGCUUUUUUUUUUGAAUGGUUUUCAAGCCCAGUUUUCCUUUUGCUUCAUUCCUUUGCCUGGGUAUCCAGCCUUGCUGGCAGUGUUGGGGAAAUGUUUGUGUUCAUUUACUGUGUAAUGGGAA